CGCACAAACUCGGCACACAACACACAACGGACAGGAGGCUCACUUGUCAUCACAUUCCAUUCUACAUGGUGCCACUACAGGUCGUCAUCGAUGAACCGGUCGAUCAUGGUCUCGAGCAGAGGCAUCGACGCAGCCAGACCCGGCACAUACUCAAACAACUCGCGGUCACUCACAUGCUCACCCACACCCACACCCUUGAGAUGACACACGAACCCCUCCUCGCUGUACCCGUAGCUCUCCUCACUCUCCUCCUCCCCAUCCACGUCAUCAGGCCUCGCCGGCAUCGUCACCGCCUUGGCCCACCGUCGAGGGUCGUCUUCAGGGAGCAUGAUGGGGUUGCUGUAGAAGUGGAGAAUCUCGGGGUUGAGGUGAGUGGUGCUGCUGUCGGUCUGUGUCUCGCCGGCCUGGAAGUGCACCACCAUCUCGGACAGGGCGAUGUGUCGGUUGAUGAGCGACAGAGUGGGGGCGCGACGCCAAUCUGACAGACAGACAGACAGACAGACAGACAGACAGAGAGGGAAACCAACACCAAGGAAACCAUACAGACAUCACCGCAGCCACGGACGGGCAAGAAACUGUCCUCACGUACCCCCGAAGGAGUCGUCACAGAUGCACAGGGCGUACUUGACGUCCACCACCGGCACCCCGCUCCCUCCCCCUCCCCCUCCCUCUCCCUCCAACCUCGGUGUGCCCGCAGCGGUCGACUCCAUGCUCACCGACGCCUCGGCAAUGAACGCGCCCUUGCCCCCCGCCUCUCUCUCACUGCCGCAGCUGCUGUGAUGGGUACGCGGGGUGAGGGACGGCGGGGGGGCGUUGGCCCUGUGUGUCAACUGCUGAUGGUGUUGCUGCUGCUGCUGUUGGGGCUGCAUGACGACGUGUAGGGACUGGAUGGGCGGGAGGGUGACCGUACGGUGGUGGCCGUACUCGUGGUCCUCCCAGUGGUGGUCACGGUCGCGGCAGAUGAUGUACUUGUACUCGACCACCUGAGCGAUCAUACGAUCGAUGAGAUAGAUGAUUGAUGGUGGGCGGCGCGUGACAUGAACGAACGUGUGUGUGUCUGCUUGUGAGGUGAGAGGGUGCAGCGUGUUCACCACCACCACCGCCACUUACGGUUUCUCUGUCUUGUACUGCGGUGAUCUGGACGGGCAGGCUCUCCCAGACGGGGAAGGACACCUCGUUCGUCCGCAUGUCCACGGCCUGCAGGAACUGAACGCAACGCACGCACAUGACACAAUGAGGAACACACGUACAGCUGGAGUCUACUCUGCGUGUGUGUGCGCGGUUGUUUGCUUCAUUGCUUACGUCCCAGUAUCCGAGUGCUGGGUGGUUGCCCACCACCCUCAGCUGCUCCCCAGGCUUCGUGUAGGCCUUCACCUGACAACCAACACAAGCCCGCUUGUGUGAUGAUAUUUCCUUGCUGCUUCUUGCACGGCUGCCGCAGCGCUGGUGUCAGUCACCUUGAAGCACACCGGUAUGACAGCGGGCUCGGCCUCCCCUUCACUGUGUCCAUUCAUCGCUGUCACAGCCGACCCACCGGCAGCUAAAGCUCAGGUCAAGCUGAUGAACCGCCAACAAAUGGCGGCACAAAUGCACAAAACGCAGAUCUCUCGUGAGGCCUCAAAACGCAGAUCUCUCC